AUGUUCGCAUCCCAGCUCUACACCUACGUCCUCGUCGCCGUUGGCGCUGUUCAGGCUGGCCCUACCCUGCUGAAGCGUGACCCGCAGUUCGACGUGCAGCUUUCGAACAGUCUUCCGGUCACCGGCCCUCUUCCCUUCGGCCUGAACGUCGCCCCCGGUACGCCCGGAAGCGUUGUCAGUGUUGGCAACGCUACCACAGGCUUUACGGGUUUCCCGUUUGGCUCCAAGCGCGAGCCCCAGUUCGAUGUCCAGCUUUCGAACAACCUCCCCGUCGCUGGAGCGCUUCCAUUCGGCCUCAACGUCGCGCCUGGCGUUCCUGGCAGCGUCGUCUCCGUAGGCAACGCCACGACGGGCUCUACUGGGUUCCCAUUCGGCUCGAAGCGCGAGCCUCAGUUCGAAGUCCAACUCCCCAACAACUUGCCCGUCGCUGGCGGACUCCCCUUCGGCCUUAACGUCGCGCCUGGUGUCCCUGGCAGCGUCGUCUCGGUUGGAAAUGUCACUACUGGCUCGACCGGAUUUCCCUUCGGCUCUAAACGUGAGCCUCAGUUCGACGUCCAGCUGUCCAACAACCUCCCGGUGACUGGUGCGCUUCCCUUCGGCCUCAGCGUCGCGCCCGGCGUACCCGGCUCCGUCGUCUCUGUCGGUAACGCGACCACCGGCUCCACUGGCUUCCCAUUCGGGUCGAAGCGUGAGCCGCAGUUCGAUGUACAGCUGUCCAACAACCUCCCGGUGACUGGCGCUCUUCCCUUCGGCCUCAACGUCGCCCCCGGUGUGCCCGGCAGCGUUGUGUCUGUCGGUAACGCCACGACGGGCUCGACGGGUUUCCCUUUCAGCUUCAAAGCUUGA